CACUUCUCGUAAACCUCAUCAUAUUGAGGUUGGGCUAAGAUGAGCAUAACCAGUGACGAAGUGAAUUUCUUGGUGUAUCGCUAUCUCCAGGAAUCGGGUUUCUCCCACUCGGCCUUCACCUUCGGUAUCGAGAGCCACAUCAGCCAGUCCAACAUCAACGGAACACUAGUGCCACCUGCCGCACUCAUCUCCAUCCUUCAGAAGGGGCUCCAGUAUGUGGAGGCCGAGAUCAGCAUCAAUGAAGAUGGUACAGUAUUUGACGGCAGGCCAAUAGAAUCACUGUCUCUGAUAGACGCAGUGAUGCCUGAUGUUGUUCAGACCCGGCAGCAAGCAUUCAGAGAGAAACUAGCUCAGCAACAAGCCAGCGCGCGCCACAGCGCCACGACUGCUCUGCUUGCCACUACUGGGCAAUUUGAGGGAGCAACGACGACUGCUGUUUCCCAGCAGAACACACCAAAGAAUGGAGAAGCCACUGUGAAUGGAGAGGAGAAUGGGGCACAUGCAAUAAAUAAUCAUUCAAAGCCAAUGGAAAUUGACGGGGAUGUUGAAAUUCCUCCUAACAAAGCAACAGUCCUUCGGGGCCAUGAGUCAGAGGUGUUCAUCUGUGCCUGGAACCCUGUCAGUGACCUGCUAGCAUCUGGAUCCGGAGACUCAACGGCCAGAAUAUGGAAUCUCAAUGAAAACAGCAACAGCGGUUCCACUCAACUAGUUUUGAGGCACUGCAUAAGAGAAGGAGGACACGAUGUCCCCAGCAAUAAGGAUGUGACUUCAUUGGACUGGAAUAGUGAUGGAACACUAUUGGCUACAGGCUCGUAUGAUGGUUUUGCAAGGAUAUGGACAGAAGAUGGUAACCUUGCAAGCACCUUAGGUCAACAUAAAGGUCCAAUAUUUGCCCUGAAAUGGAACAAAAAGGGGAAUUAUAUUUUAAGUGCUGGUGUUGAUAAAACAACAAUAAUUUGGGAUGCUCACACAGGAGAAGCUAAACAGCAGUUUCCUUUCCAUUCAGCUCCUGCUCUGGAUGUAGACUGGCAGAACAACACUACUUUUGCCUCUUGCAGCACUGACAUGUGCAUUCAUGUAUGCAGACUUGGCUGUGAUCGUCCCGUUAAAACCUUUCAAGGACACACAAACGAGGUUAAUGCAAUCAAAUGGGACCCAUCUGGCAUGCUACUAGCAUCUGGCUCCGAUGAUAUGACAUUAAAGAUUUGGAGUAUGAAGCAAGAUACCUGUGUACAUGAUCUUCAGGCUCACAGCAAAGAGAUUUAUACUAUCAAAUGGAGUCCUACAGGACCAGGCACCAGCAACCCAAACUCCAACAUCAUGUUAGCAAGUGCUUCGUUUGAUUCCACUGUUCGGCUGUGGGACGUUGACCGAGGAGUCUGCAUCCAUACGUUAACAAAACAUCAAGAGCCUGUCUACAGUGUAGCUUUUAGUCCUGAUGGAAAAUAUCUAGCCAGUGGGUCCUUUGACAAAUGUGUCCAUAUAUGGAAUACUCAGAGUGGAACUCUAGUACAUAGCUACCGAGGCACCGGGGGCAUCUUUGAAGUCUGCUGGAAUGCUAGAGGAGACAAAGUGGGGGCAAGCGCAUCAGACGGAUCGGUUUGUGUUCUAGAUCUGCGGAAGUAAAAGUGAAAUGUUUUAGAAGAAAUUUCAAAUGGACCAGCAGUGAAUGUGUGGGGAGAAGCACUCUUCAAAACUAUUCUUAACAGCUCCAGAACUGUACGAACUUGAACAAAGUUAGAGUGUACCGUGAAACCAACUCUCCCUGGCCACAGGUGUCUAGUAUUUUGUCCGUAACCUUCAUCAAGGAGUAAAAACACAGUCACUUCAGAGGGGGAGGGAAUGGUUUCCACCUGGAACAUUGAGCCUUGGAAGCAUGAAGCCACCAGCUAGGCAUUGCACUGUUUGGUUUGCGUCUGAGAACUUGCUCUGAUGGCUGGGAAAAAAAAGCUGUGCCAAAAAAAAAAAUUAAUAAAAAAAAAGAAAAA